GGUACCUAUCUCAAUCCUGAAAGAUUUUUAUUUUUUUGUCUUCAAAGCCUAAGUUCCUAAUUGGAACGCCAAACCUUAAUAUUCUUAGUUCUUUGCCCAGUUCUCUGGUUUUGUGUGUCAUUUAAAAACUGCUGCCUGAUCUAGCUUUGAGUUGAUUCUUUACUUCUCCUGCUCUACGACUCCAAGCCAGUCUCUUCUUUCUCUGUUAUAAACUGCAAGUGUAGAAGCAACCAACACAAUGUUUAGAACUUCUAGACUACGACUGCACACAUGCAAGAUUGUGCUGAUCACUUCACUUGUGUGGUUUGUGCUGGAUGUUGCAGUCAUUAUGUACUACAGUGACUGCUCAUCAGGAACUGGAGGCUGGGGCUGUGGUGACGUUAUUAGGAGGAACAAAGACCGGGCAGCUGCAGAAGGAGAGGCUGAGAGAGUGGACGACUUACCAUCAAAGUUCAGCCUUGGUAGAGCUGUCAUAGAUGACAGCUCCCAUGAUCUUGCGGGCUGGCACUUUGCGUACCCCAUCGACCAGCUCCAGCGCUGGGUGCCCAGACCUGUGGUCGGGGAGCAGCCCAACAGCCCGGGGGAGCUGGGCAAGCCUGUCACCAUACCCAAGAGUCAAGAAGCUCUCAUGAAGGAAAAAUUCAAGCUCAAUCAGUUCAAUUUACUUGCAUCUGAUUCCAUUAGUUUGAAUAGGUCACUUCCAGAUGUUAGAUUAGAUGGAUGUAAGACCAAGCAGUACCCUCCUUUGAUGCCCAAUACCAGCAUCGUGAUCGUGUUCCACAACGAGGCUUGGUCGACGCUUCUACGCACCGUGUGGUCCAUCAUCAACAGGUCCCCCAGAGCCUUGCUCAGGGAGAUACUUCUUGUGGACGAUGCUUCUGAGCGAGACCACCUGGGGGCUGAGCUAGACCGCUACGUGGCGACCCUACCAGUCCCCGUGAAGGUGCUACGCACGGGCACGCGGUCUGGUCUGAUCAGGGCGCGUCUGCUGGGCGCGGCGCAGGCGCAGGGGCAGGUCAUCACAUUCCUGGACGCGCACGUCGAGUGUACUGAGGGGUGGCUCGAGCCUCUGCUGGCUAGGAUAGCUGAGGACAAGACGCGCGUGGUGUGCCCGAUAAUCGACGUGAUAUCAGACGACACCUUCGAGUACGUGACCGCGUCUGACAUGACCUGGGGCGGCUUCAACUGGAAGCUCAACUUCAGAUGGUACCGCGUCCCCCAGCGGGAGAUGGAGCGCCGUGGGGGCGACAGGACGCAGCCGCUGAGGACGCCCACGAUGGCAGGGGGGCUGUUCUCCAUGGACCGCGACUACUUCAACAAGAUCGGCAAAUACGACGAGGGCAUGGACAUCUGGGGCGGCGAGAACCUCGAGAUGUCUUUCAGAAUCUGGAUGUGCGGUGGCAGUCUGGAGAUCUCGACGUGCUCCCACGUGGGCCACGUCUUUAGAAAAAGCACGCCUUACUCUUUCCCUGGCGGCACCAGUCGCAUCGUCAAUAAGAAUAACGCUAGGCUAGCCGAGGUCUGGCUAGAUGACUGGAAAGAGUUCUAUUAUAGCAUUAAUCCAGGCGCCCGCAGCGUCGACUAUGGCGACGUAAGCGCCCGCAAGAAGCUGCGUAAAGACCUCAACUGCAAGAGCUUCCGUUGGUACCUGGAGAACAUCUAUCCUGAGAGUCAGAUGCCCCUAGACUACUACUAUCUGGGCGAGAUCCGCAACAGCGAGAGCCAGUCUUGUCUGGACACGCUGGGCCACAAGAGCGGCGAGAACCUCGGUGUCAGUUACUGCCACGGCCUUGGUGGCAACCAGGUGUUCGCGUACACGAAGCGCCAGCAGAUCAUGUCUGACGACAACUGCUUGGACGCCAGCAACCCCAGCGGUCCUGUGAAGCUCGUGCGCUGCCAUGGCAUGGGUGGCAACCAGAUGUGGCACUACGAUGAGCAGACCGGCGGCAUCAAGCACCUGAACAGCGGCUGGUGCCUGCAGAAGCCUGAGGUGCGGGACCCCACGCUGCCCAUCCUGCAGCCCUGCGACGCCGGCCUCGCCCAGCACUGGGUUAUGCGAGCUGCAUUCCGCUGGCAGGCUAACUAGAACUUAUCUAGAGCAACUAGAACUACUGGAACCCUAGAUUGGAACUAGGAAUACUGGACAAAAACGGGAACUAGGACUACUGGAACCAGACGUCUGCUGUAACAAUCUUGUGAGCUGCAACAACUAGAACCAGGCGUCUGCUGCAACAAUCUAGAGGAACUAGGACAACUAGAACCAGGCGUCUGCUGCAACAACCUAGAGCAACUAGGACAACUGGAACCAGGCGUCUGCUGCAACAAUCUAGAGGAACUAGGACAACUAGAACCAGGCGUCUGUAACAAUACGAAUCUAGUGUGCCUCUGGAAUCUUGAAACUAGACUGUACUGCUGCAGAAGCUUGAUCAGUUAACUCUAGGCCAACUAGAACUACAUCUGCUGUUAUACCAAACGAGAUCUUGUCUGCCGUUGCCGACUAAUACAAAGAAGAGCUGAGAUGGGAAACUUAAUCUCUUGUUCCUUGUCCACCUUCUAUAAUAUGAAGCUCUCGUCAUUGGAAGAUAUGAAAAAUAGAUUACGUUUGUAAAUCUAAAACUUCUUCAAUUGUGAAAUGGGCAACCUUGAUUUUCCUUGCCCAAACCAAGAGCUAUUCUAGAGAAUUUAGGACAAUUUCAUGUUCCCACUUUGUUUAAAAUAGACUGGAUUAAUCAGAAAAGUUUCCGAGCCCUAAGAACUCUGAAGAAAGAAAACUAAAUAUAUUUUACCCUAAUGUGAUAAUGAGCGUGUAAUCAACUCAAUAAAUUUUGGUUAUCUGGUAAUUAGGAUCAUUACGUGCAAUUUCAGCAAAAUAUUCUCAAAAAUCUACUUUUGAAAACCACUUUUUUGCGAGACUUUUGGUGUGAUAAUUGUAAUUAAAAUGAAAAAAAUGCCUACUCAAUUGUACGCGUGCUCCGCUUGAGCUGGCGAACUUGAAUGCAUGCUAAAUUAUUUCGACCUUGAUGUGGGUUGAGCCAUUUUGCCGAUGUUAAAUAAAUGAUUAAUUAACAUCGGCAAAAUUAAUUACCAAAGACCUAGAAUUAACGCAAUUCUAGGUCUUAUAGAUCUUGCCCGACAUAUACACAAGUUAAACUGAAAAAUUGCACGUGAAAUUCCCCUUUUUCGUUAGGAGUUAAUACUUAAAAAAUUCUACCAUUUAUUAGUGGUAUGAUAAGGUUGAGAUUUGUGUGCUCAUUUCGAGGGCUGUUCGAAAUAUUUCAACAUUCCUCCUGUCUUUAAUUGUUAUAUAAUUAUUUUAUUGACAUGACAGACGUUUUAGAUCCUCGCUAUCUUCGUCUUGGCCAAACUUUCCCUCGUAAAAAUAGGAUAUUUUGGGAAGUAGUGAAGUGGUACACUGUUAGAAAAAUUACCGUUAACGGUAUUACCGGCGUUUCAGUG